UCUCCGCUGCGCCGACCCGGAAGCCGGGCGUCCGAGGGAGCGCACCGCGGGCCCGCACUUCCGGGAUCCGGGCCCCGGGCCUUCUCUCGGGGCUCGCGGGCGGGUCGGGUAUUCCUUCGCGCAGGUGGGCAGCACGCCUGAAGGCCAGAGCCGUGACCUCUGCCUCUCCCCCAGCGGGGCCAGUGACCGGCCUCGGCUGACAUCGCAAGGACGACGUGGGGACUUGGGCGUGCUCAGGGGAGCCUUCCCGGAGACAUGGAGCUUUGGGGUGGAAUGCUGCGGGCCCUACUGUCUGGCCCCGGGAGGCGGGGAGGCACUUGGGGCCGGGCCUUCAGUUCCUGGCGACCCCACCUGCCUCAGGCUGGGUUGAGUGCCACAGAGCUGGUCAGCCAGUGGACGGCGGUCUUUGAGAAGAGGGGCAUCCCUGAGGCCCGGGAAUCCAGUGAGUACAUCGUGGCUCAUGUCCUUGGAGCCAAAACAUUUCAGAGCCUGAGGCCGGGACUUCGGUCGAAGCCCCUGACCCCCUGGCAGCUACAGUGUGUCCAGGAGCUGAGUAGCCGCAGACUGCAAAGGAUGCCCGUGCAGUACAUCCUUGGCGAGUGGGACUUUCGCGGGCUCAAUCUGAAGAUGGCACCCCCAGUGUUCAUCCCUCGGCCUGAGACAGAGGAGCUGGUCGAGUGGGUGCUGGAGGAGGUGACCCAGAAGCCCCGUGCGGUGGGAGCCCAAGGCGGCCCCCUCAUCCUGGAGGUGGGCUGUGGGUCGGGAGCCAUCUCCCUCAGCCUGCUGAGCCAGCUGCCCCAGAGCCGAGUCAUCGCUGUGGAUAAGGCAGGAGCCGCCAUCUCUUUGGCCCGAGAGAACGCUCAGAGGCUUCAGCUGCAGGACAGGAUUCGGAUCGCCCCCCUCGAUGUGACCUCAGAGGGCAGCUGGGCACACCUGCCCUGGGGCCCCAUGGACCUGCUCGUCAGCAACCCUCCCUACGUCUUCCACCAGGACAUGGAGCAGCUGGCCCCUGAGAUCCGCAGCUACGAAGACCCCGCAGCCCUGGAUGGCGGGGAGAAGGGCAUGGACGUCAUCGUGCACCUCCUGGCCCUGGCCCCUCGGCUCCUGAAGGACUCCGGAAGCCUCUUCUUAGAAGUGGACCCCAGACACCCAGAGCUGGUCAGCAGCUGGCUUCAGAGCCGGCCGGGCCUGUCCCUCGAGCUCGUGGCUGUGCGCAAGGACUUCUGCGGGAGGCCCCGGUUCCUGCAUAUCCGGAGGUCUGGGCCGCACCGUGGCUGCCCUGUGGAUGCCUGGCCAGCGCCCCAGUCUGCCGGAGUGCCCGGAUGACACUUCCUUCUGGACUGCUCCUGGGAGGGGUGGGCACCUUCCAGAGCUGGUGCUGGCGCAUUCCCGCGGCUCUGGAUGCCUUGCUCUCCAUUUUAGGAGACUUGGGGCAAAAGGAAGGGAGAGGUGUCCUUUCUGCUUCCCGGGGCAGCAAAGAGCAAGGGCACCCCCAGUCCAGCUCCGGAGCUGAGGGACCCAGGUGCCCAGUCUGGCUCCGUCCCACCAGCAGGGCCGGUGCAGCUGCUUAGCGUCUCUGGUGGGACAGCUCGGGAGCGGGGAGAGCUGGCCAAUAAAGUGUCAAGGGCGGA